UCUCUGCUUGUUAAAUACUUCAACAUCUCCAUGCCCUCGGCUCCUCCACUUCUUAGUGGCGAUCGACUCGAACUUGCUCGCUUGGCCCUCGGCAGCAAAUGCCCUGACUUGAAAUUCUUUUUAGGCCGAACAGAAGUUGAUCCAACUGAAAAGGAGCCAAAUUUAGAUGUUGCUCAUUUUGUGUCGGAUGCACAAGUGGAAUUUGACGAAGAGCUUCACGCAUGCGAAAUUCAUAGUGAAGAACAAGACCUUGAUCCUUUUGAUGAGGCUGAGAAAGAAGAUUUGGUGAAUGAGUGCAAAGAUGCAUUUGCCAGCUUGAUCGAGUUGGCCAAAACUGAUGCAUCAAACGAAUUGCUAAGAAAGUUAAGUAAGGCUUUGAACAAACCGAAGAGUGCACCUGCUGCCACAGCUUCCAUUGUUGCCAUCUAUCGGCAGAUUGGUUCUGUCUGCUCACGAAGUGGACGAAUUCCCAUUCAGUCAAGUGGGCGAGCAAGAAGACGAGAGGGUGUUUCGAAAGGUGCUGCUCAAGUUCCACAAGGCCGUCCACCAAAAAUCAAGCAACACAAUACACCAGAGGUGCAGAAAUCCACAACAAACCAAGGCAAAAGAAAGGUGACUCCAUCUUUAGUCAGUCAGCCUAAGAGACAAAGAAAUUUAAGUCAAGCUGUUCGAGAAAAUGUAGCAAACGCCAAAUCACACUAGUUUAAUAAAUAGCUUUUGAAUAAAUUAAAACUGUUUUUCAAAAAACCUUUUCAUUUUUGUUUAUGUAGUAAAAUAGUGAAAAGUAU